AGUUCACCUCGAAGGGCUACUUCGGCUACGGAGUCUUCCGAGUGAACAUGAAACUCCCGUCGGGCUACUCCGGCGGUUUGAUCCCCUGCCUCUACCUCAUCUCGGGCAACAACCCAAAAUACACCGACCCUCACGACGAGAUUGACCUGGAAUUUAUUGGGGGUAAUACCCCGAAAGACAUUAUAUUGCAUACGAAUCUGAUCACGGGCGGGCAGGUGUACCUGCAGCAGUACAAGUUCCCCUUCGACCCGUCCGCUGCGUUCCACACGUACACCAUCGUCUACUCGCCGGAUUACGUCAUGUGGGCCGUCGAUGACACCCCCAUCCGCAUCCACUGGAAAGAGAGUGGCCGCCCCUUCCCGUCCGAAAACGUCAAAUUUGAG